AUGGAGUGGGACCCCCAGAAAGCUGAAUAUAGGCGCAGACUUAAAGUAAGACUGGAGACAAACAGUCGCUCACAUUCACUGAGGAACAAAACUGAAGAGAGCACAGACUACUAUGCGUCACACAAUUGAGUCUUGCUCCACCUUAGAUAUACUCACUCUAACAGUACUCAUUUGAGGUUGGGUUCAGAGCUGUUGCUUGAAGAAACUGUUUGAUUAUGGAACCUGUCCACUGCUCUUCAGGAACAGGCUGCGUUGGAAGAGGAGACAGCCAAUAAGACACAGAAGAGGGCAGCUUCUCCCAGCUCCAAGUACAGCCAUCUGAUCGGCACCUCUGCUGCUAAGGAUGCAGCACAUACGCUAGAAGCCAACCAGGCAUAUGGCAUAGGUGAGUGUGAAGAGGCUUAGUAUUGAUUUGUAAUCCUUAGUGCAUCACAUCUCCUCAGGAUCUGUGCUCUGUUCUUUGCAUAACAAAAUAUAUUUGUCUCUCCCCCCUCCGUACCCGUGGCCAACAAAAGGGACACCCACUCCAUAGAGCAGGCCAUGAAUGAGAUCCGGGACAAGAAACGUCAGAAGACAGGAGCGGAAGACACAGAGUAUCACCUCCUGAGAGGGCUU